AGAAACUGUGUAAUGAAUGAAUGCAUAUUAUACUUCGUAAAAAAGAAAACAGAAAAAAACAAAAAUAGUUCAUCACCUGAAAACAAAUCUGAUAAUAUAUAAUUUCCAUCAUUAAUUCGAUUCAAUUGCAAAGAAAUGGGUUCUACAGAUGCAGCUACAAUGCAAAAACUGGAAAAGCACUUGAUGUUGCUAAAAGAGGAGUAUACAAAAUUGCAGAGAGGCUAUGCUGAAUUGGAACGUAAAUAUAGCAAGGCGAUAGCCUCCAGCGAUAGUGAUGCGGCAGGCGAAUUUAGUAGCUUUGUAUCACGAUUAGUGUUAACAGUGGCAUCAUUAUAUGGUCGCACGGUUUACUCCGAUCUAACCAUUAAAAUGACUUCAAAAUCUAUGCCGGCUCAUAAAUUUGUUUUGCAUGCUCGUUCCGAGGAAUGGCGGGAGGAAAUUUUGGCAGAUGUCAGCGAGUUAGACUGGAGCGAUAUGGAAGAGGACAUAUCGAUGGCUCUGCUGCGAUGGAUAUACAUAGAUGUGGUUGAUCUGCAGCAUGAUCGGCUUGCUUUGGGUUUAUUACGAGCUUCACAUCGCUUUCAUUUACCAGGACUACUGGGUCUAUGUGAAAGGGCGUUAGUAGCUUCAGUUGGAGUACGUUCGUGUGUGCGCUUUUAUUGCGUAGCGGAAGAAGUGGGUGCCGGUAGUCUACUUGACUACUGCUCUGGCUUGAUAUCGACACAUUGGGAUGAUUUAACACCACAAGAUUUUGAACAUAUGUCGGGUCCACUUCUAUUUAAAAUGUUAAAGAGUAAAACCAAACACCCAUUGCAUGCUGCCGUGCGCUUAUUACGUGAAGAUGUAGUAUUCUUGUGUUUGGUAGAAAAUGAUGGAAUGCUUUCAGAAUUAGUAAACAGCCUAUCUGAGCAAGGAUUUUUACCUCUGCAAAUGGCGUUAAUGGCUAAAAAUUUACCAAUAGCUCAAACACUAGUGAAAAAUGGAUCGGCCAAUAUAAAUGCUUAUGACUCUGAGGGUUCGACUAUACUAAUAGAUGCAGUCAAAAGGGGUGAUAAAUUCUCAGCCGACUUUUUGCUAGAACGUAAUUGUCAAUUAGAUUUAACCUCUAGAUCAACCGCUGAUACGGUUUUACAUUUCGUAUGUGCCUAUAAUCCAAAAGAAACUGAUGCUGAAGUAUUCUCGAAUAUGAUAGAAAUUGGAAAAACUAUUAUAUCUAUGAAACCGAAUAUUAACUUGCAAAAUCGCCUGGGCCAAACCCCACUGCAUUUAGCCAUAGAGUCGAACAACCGUGAUAUGGUUGAUCUUUUACUCGGUGUACCUAACGUCGAUAUAAAUAUUCGUACCAAUGACGAAAAGUGCCCUUUGGAAUUGAGUCUCACGAAAAUGACUGAGAAUGACUUGGAAUUGGCAGACAAAUUAAUUAAAUUAGGUGCCAGACCGAACCCCUUGAAGUCGGAAACUCAUGAUAAUCUUUUGCAAGUGUUGGCUGAUCGUGGCCUGGAACACUCAGCCGUGUUCCUUGUCGAUUAUGCCAAUUUAAAUCAUAUAAACAGUCGUGGACUGACUGCUUUGCACAUAUCCGCAGAGCAAAACCUUUCAAAAUUGACGGACAAGUUGCUUAGGGCCGGUGCUUCUCCCAAUAUACAGUCGAGUGUAUCUGAUUUGAAAUCAGCAUUGCACGUCGCGGUAGAAUCAAACGCUGCAGAUGUAAUUGAGGUAUUUGCUAACUUCGUACAAGGGGACAAUGGCAAUUUGCCGCAAAAUAAGGACAAUCAGGUAGCUCCCAACUUUAAUUGCAAAAAUGCUAACGGUGAUUCGCCAUUAAGUCUAAGUUUAUUGUUAAACCGAACAGAUUUAGUGCCCAUAUUGAUAAGAGGAGGAGCUGAUGUUAAUGCUCGAAAUGGUCAAGAUAUGACUCUACUGCACCAGGCAAUUUUAAAUCAUGACUCUGACACGGCGGUAUUUCUCUUACAGCAGGGAGCGGAUAUGAAUGCGCUAACAGGCGAACAAGAGUCACCAUUACAGUUGGCAAUUCAUUGUCAUAUGCCACAGGUAGUUGAUGCUCUAUGUACUCGAGGCGUCGCCUUAAGUGCUCCUAAUAACAAAGGCGAUGCUCCGCUGUGGACUGCAUUGGAGCUGGAAUACGAUGAUGUGGCACAUGUUUUGGUACGGCAUGGUGUCGACACUGACUGUUGGGGUCCGGGACCGGAUGAAUGUCAGCAAACAUUGUUACAUCGAGCUAUAGAUGAAAACAAGGAGUCUGCUGCUAUAUUCCUAAUACGCAGCCAAUGUGACCUUGAUUCUCCACGCCAACCAGGUAUAAAUGGCGGGGGUGGAGACGAAGCCAAAGAUAAGGCAUCGCCAUUGCAUUUAUGUGCUCAAUGGGGGCUUACAAAAGUACUUCAGACCUUGAUUGAUCAUGGUGCCAAUGUAAAUGCUUUAGAUGCCGAAAAUAAGACUCCCCUACAUGUUGCCAUCGAAAAUCAACACGAAGAAAUCAUAACUAUUUUAAUGUGCCAUCCGGGCAUCGAUUUGAAAAUUCGUGACAAAAAUGGAAACACUCCGUUUGCGGCGGCUCUUACGAUUCGAAACCACCGGGCAGCACAACGAAUUCUCGAUCGUUUGCCAAAUGCAGCCGAACAAAUGGAUUCACGAGGCAGAAACUUCUUACAUUUAGCCAUUAUGAGAGAUGAUCUUGAGAGUGUACUUUUCCUCUUGGCCAUUCAAGUUGAUGUCAAUUCACGAGUUCACGACGCGAAUCAAUCGACACCAUUGCAUUUGGCGGCAACAUCUCGUAACGAAAUGAUAACCCGAAAUCUUAUACUCGCCGAAGCUCGCAUUAACGAACGUGACGCAGUGCAUAAAACUCCUUUACACAUAGCCGCAGAACGUGGCAACUUGCCUGCCGUUUCAGCGCUCCUCCAGAACGGCUCUGAUUACGAUGCUGUCGAUGGCGAGGGAAACAACGCACUGCACAUUGCUGUUCGUGGUGGUCAUUUGGCCAUCGUAAGGGAGCUGCUAACCGAAUCUAGUAUUAAUGCUGAAGCCGUUAAUCACAAAGGACGUAACCCACUACACGAAUUGUGUCGUACCGGCGAAGACAACAAUGCCGCUGCUAUAUGUGACCUUUUUAUUGAGAGCAUGCCAAAAUAUCCACUCAACGCCCCCGACAUGGAUGGCAAUACACCGUUAUUGUUGGCAUUCAUGCGUGGCCAAGCGCCACUUUGUAAAGUGCUUGUAAAAAACGGAGCUUGUCUAGGUACCGAGAAUCGCGAAGGCAUAAGUAUAUUCAAUUUCAAACUGGCCACCGAUCAAUUGUUGCACAAACUUCUUGACCAAUUACCCCAAGAAUCACCCUGGUCAGAAUCGGAUCUUUGUCAGGAAUGCAACACUAAGUUUUCCCUCACAAUGCGUAAACAUCAUUGCCGCCAUUGUGGACGAGUAGUGUGCUCAAAGUGUUCCAAUAACGAUGUACCUAUAUUGAAGUUUGGUAUUAAUAAACCAGUGCGUGUUUGUGGCGUUUGUUUUGAUGUAUUACAAGGUGUAAAUGGAAAUUUGCAAUAAGGAAGAGGUGGAGGAUAGAAAAAUUAAGAAGAUUACAAUAUAUUUGCGCGAAAAUUUUUUAGCCAUAUUUCUUUUACAUUAUUAAUCGUUUUAUACGCUCAAACACAACACAAUGUGAAGCUCGAUGAUCAGUGCAUUCCUUCGACAUCCCUAAACAUGUUAUAUAAAAUUAGUAAUUCAUUUUAUUUAUGUUAUUUUAUAUAUGUAUGAUUAAUUGAAUCAUAACAAAAAAUAUUACAAUAUUUAAAAUGUUGAAUAAUUUUAAGAGAAAUAUUUAAUAUUUAUCCAAGUCCAAGUUUGUAUUGGCGUGGCCGUACGACAACAUGGAACAUAAAAAGUUCUUCAUAUUUUGUUUUUUUCCUAUGUAUGUACAGAUGUGGACAUACAAUUAAAUUAUCAUCUGCUGUUGCCUUUACAAAAAAUUUUAAUAAUUACAAAGAAAUUAAAUAAAAUUAUUUUAUUUGUUAACAUUGUAACCCAUUAAAUUUAUUUACAUAUACAUAACAAAAAAUCAAUAUAGGCCUCAUUUUUAUGUUGGCCUCAUAAUUAAGUCAUUUGAAAUAAAUAAAUAAAUUUAUUUAAUUUUAUUUAAA